AUGGCACCUGUGAUUCGUGACGCGGACAUUGAACAUUGGCUCUUGCUAAUGGAUCGAUUCGAUAACAGGCCACUCAGUCCGUCAAACGGUGAUUCGGCUACAGAGCUGCUCGAAUCUCAUCGACCAUUGCCUACAACAUAUCUGCUUGCUUUAUCACAGGACCUCGCCGAGGAUGGUGGACUUGACCAAUCCAAACCAGCAGUUGGCGACACACCGGGAGAGGACUUUUACCGUGUAGGCAACGUCGGUCACUGUGAGAGCACAAGUAUGGGAUUCGCAGAUUCUGUCAUGACACCAUUUACAGCACAGGUGAGUCUCUAG